AUGUCUUUGAGCACACAUGAGCGCCGUGUGCGUCUGAUGGAGAACGACAUCGAAUCUAAAUUAACAUCGCUAAGUAAGCUGAAUACCUCUGACAACGCUACCGACGGAGAGAGUGCAUUCGAGGUGAAAUGCGAAGAACUCAGAAACAUGCUGGAUAAG